AGUCAAACCUGUUUUUCUCCAUCAGCCCCGGGGCGGCACCUGAGAGGAUCUUAUUACCGGAAGUUAGGUGUUUGUAGUCACCUGCGCUGAUUCUUCAGGUAACAAGAGGCGUUUACUCGAGCUGGAAACGUCGAAAUAAGAGAAACAGGAGUCGGUGAAACGGAGACCAUUCGUUCUUUAUUCGACAUAAAGAAGAUUUUUGCGUACUUUCGGCUUGUUUUACGCGAGAAUUGUUAAAGGAGAACGCCGUCGAAUAAUAAACAAGAAACCCGACAUGACUGUGAGAGGAGUACUUUGGCUGCUUUUGUUCUCUGGCGCAGCAAUAGGUGUAAGUGGAUAUACGGUCACUACUUCAAACGCAAAUGUACAAGUGGAAGAGAACAAAGGUGUGGAUUUGACAUGCGCACAUUCAGGAGACUUUGGUUCAAAUGUUUUACUUAGAUGGAAAUUUAAGGACCGAAAAGGCUCUCAGGUGUUUGUGGUUCACGAUGGGAAACCAACAGCUCCGUAUGCUAACCGUUUGACUGUGUACGGUGGUAGCAAUCUGAGAUUCACCACAGUCACUCGUAAAGAUACUGGAGUGUACACCUGUGAGAUAACCAGCAGCGACAAAACCCAAGUUGGGGAAACCAAUGUGAAUCUGACUGUUCUGGUGCCUCCAUCUGUGCCAUAUUGUAUUGUCCCCUCAUCGGUAACAACGGGCAGGACAGCCACCAUGUCUUGCUCUGAUGAAAGCGCUUCACCCCCUCCCACAUACAGGUGGUACAAAAACAACGUUCUUCUGCCUGAUAACCCUAGUAACGUUGCUGGCUUCAAAAACGCCACCUACAGGUUGAAUCCAAAAACUGGCAUACUGGAGUUUCCUGCUGCAGCUAAGACGGAUACAGCUGACUACUACUGUGAGUCUGUCAAUAGCGCUGGCCCUGCUCAGAGAUGUAGAGCUAUGAAGAUGGAAGUUCGCGACCUAAACACAGGAGGAAUUGUCGCUGGUGUAAUAGUGGCUCUGCUGCUGGUGGCCCUACUGAUAUUUGCCAUUUGGUUUGCCAAAAAGAAAGGAUAUCUGCCCGCAAAGAAAGAAAGCAGUUCAAAGAUGAACGCGUCUUACCACCCACCUCCUAGUGGUGCUGGUGAUGAUGCGGAUUUCACACAGAAGUCAUCAUUUGUGGUAUAGUGUACGAGCAGCAGUGGCUACAGCAAGCGCUCUGAGCGAGAUGUCUCUUAAGUGUGUGGUUUUCCAGGAGUUUGAAAGUUUGUACAAUGCAGUUUUUAUAGACCAUUGCAAUAUAUAUUUUUUUUAACCUGAGCCAGCUACAGUAGUCUGUCAAAUGCAUCAACAUGUGAGGUUCAUGCAGCAACACCACAGGAAAGAAAUAGAAAACUAAUGAACCCCGUACUGUAUCUAUCUUUACUGAAAUGAACUGUGGCCACUAGUGACCUAUUUUCAGCAGAGACCAAUUUUCUGCUCAUCACUGAUGUGUGCGUUUCUGUGUGCUUUUUAUCUUCUGUCUUCUGUUAGAACAAGAUUUUAAAGAUAUGCGCUUACUUAUGAAAACAAGAUUAAUUAGAGUACAGAGACCCUUACACCAUCCCCACCACCAGCAGCAGUAAAUGAAAAUAAAUAUUUAUUUGUUAUCUUUACAUUGAGGACAGACGUAUAUUGCUGCAUUUAUUACAUUUGCUGUCCCAUCACAUUCAUUUCCGCUAGCACAACUCUCUUAUCAGUCUUUGUGGGUUAGCUGAAAUGUUAACAGAGCCUGAAUAUCACGGCCACGUUUUUAAAGGAGUUUUAUUUUUUGUUUUUCCUGCUUUAGUUUUUUUUUCUUUUUCCAACCACAGAUCUGAUGUUAUGUACAUGACAAUUUUUUUCUGUCUCUUUCUUUGUAAAUAAAACUAAUUUUAAAAUUUGGAUAGCUUCUUGGGAUUAAAUGGUCACUCUUAUACCCCUUUCACUGCAGGAAAAUGGUUCAAUACUGUUCCCAAAUCUUGGAACUUUGCUGCCGUCUGUAGCGUUUUCGCCUGCUUAAGCCAGAAUGACUGUGAUGAUUUGGUGCAGUACUAUUGCAGGCUUGCUAUCUUUCUAUCCAAAGAUGAAAUGUCCUCUAGUUUUGCUCAUCUGAAGUGAAGAAAAGAGCAAUCAUUUACCAUUAGAUCCUUGGAGGAUAAUUUACUAGAUACUAACCAACUUCCUGUGUUGUAGACCAUACAGACCUCUUCUCUGACUUGACUUAACAUGAAUCGUACUCCUCUGAAUCUACAUGUAUUUAAUGAAUUUGAAGAAAAGACUCAAUCAGCGUUAAGCCACACAGCCUGAAGAACUUCUGUGUAGUGUAUGUCAAAACAGAACAAUAUUAGUGUCAUCUGUUGGACACGAUCACACUUCAGUUUAUUUUAGAGGGUAUGUGUCUGCGUCUGUGUGCAUUUGGCAACUAAAGUCAUGAACUGCUGCAUUCCUUGUGAUGUUUAUGAAGCAAUGCUGUUGGUGUGUGUUUGUUUUUUUUUUUUAAAAAAAAUGCCUUUCCUGCUUAGUAAAAAGGCUUCCACGUAUUUGGCAUAGAGCCUGUUUAGGAAGGGUGAGACUUAAUACUGAGAGUGCGCAACCCUGCAGCAGUAUUAGCAGUAAGCUAGCACACCCACCAAUUUCAUCAUGAUUCACACUGGAAAAACUUAAUAUCCAUUUUAUUCCAACAAGGGACCGACUGUCAGGUCCCAAGCAGUUUAUUUUUGGUCAGAAUGCUCCGAAGGCUUCAAGAUUAGGUGUACAGCCAGUACUGAACCGGUUUCCUGUUAGUGGAAAAGGGGUAAAAGUUUACUUUGUGAAUAGAAUUCAUGGAGAAGGUUUGUAUGAAGUCAGUGCCUUGGAUCUACUUGCUUCUGACCACAUUCAGUUUUCACACAGGAUAUUUUAAUGAAAUGCUGUAUACCUCUGGACGCUAACAUUUAGAUAGCGGUGUGAUGAGAUCCGAGCACAUGAUGGUGUUCAAUAUUUAAGUGAAUGUUGUUUUUCCCUUUUUGUAUAAGUGUAUACUUUUUCUGUGUGCCUAUUUAUAAUAAACUCUUUUAAAAUAGGUCUA